AGAGUUGGAGCCGAAGAAGAGGCAGCGAAGUCGGACGGAGCGAGAUCCGGAGCUGGGGGUGGGGGGGCGUGUGAGAGUCAACGCGGCCGCGGCGGGGUUCCGAAAACCCGAAAAACAGGUGCAUAAACGCGGCGUUGAUGAGACAGGCAAGCUGGAGGACUUCGACAUGGCAACCGGAGAAACCCUGUACAUCGGGUCGGACGGCUCGGAGAUGCCGACCGAGAUUGUGGAGCUCCACGAGAUAGAAGUGGAGACCAUUCCGGUGGAGACAAUCGAGACCACGGUGGUCGGCGACGACGACGAGGACGACGACGACGACGAGGAGGAGGAGGAGGACGACGACGACGACGACGUCCAGCCCAUGAUUGCGCUCCAGCCGCUGGACGACGACCCGGGAUCCAUCCACCACCAGUACCACCACCACCACCACCAUCCAGAGGUUAUCCUAGUCCAGACGCGCGAGGAGGUGGUCGGCGGGGAUGACUCCGACCUCCACACGGAGGACGGCGGCGGGGGGUUCGAGGACCAGAUCCUCAUCCCGGUGCCGGCCCCCGGCGUGGAGGACGAGUACAUCGAGCAGACGUUGGUGACUGUAGCCGGAAAGAGCUCCAUGGGUCGGAUGAAGCGAGGCGGCGGCUCGGGAGGGAAGAAAGCCGGGAAAAAGAGCUAUCUGAGCAGCUCGGAGGCCGGGGCGAGGAAAUGGGAACAGAAGCAAGUGCAGAUAAAAACUCUGGAGGGGGAAUUCUCCGUGACGAUGUGGGCGUCUGACGACCAUCAAGACAUUGACCACGAGUCGGUGGUGGAGGAGCAGAUCGUGGGCGAGAACUCGCCGCCCGACUACUCCGAGUACAUGACGGGCAAGAAGCUGCCCCCCGGCGGCAUCCCGGGCAUCGACCUCUCCGAUCCCAAGCAACUGGCCGAAUUUGCCAGGAUGAAACCCAGGAAAAUCAAAGAGGACGACGCUCCCCGGACGAUAGCUUGCCCUCAUAAAGGCUGCACAAAGAUGUUCAGGGACAACUCGGCCAUGAGGAAGCACCUGCACACCCACGGCCCCCGCGUCCACGUCUGCGCCGAGUGCGGCAAGGCCUUCGUGGAGAGCUCCAAGCUCAAGCGGCACCAGCUCGUCCACACGGGCGAGAAGCCCUUCCAGUGCACCUUCGAAGGCUGCGGCAAGCGCUUCUCGCUGGACUUUAACCUGCGCACCCAUGUGCGCAUCCACACGGGCGACCGUCCGUACGUGUGCCCCUUCGACGGCUGCAAUAAGAAGUUUGCGCAGUCCACCAACCUCAAGUCGCAUAUCCUCACACACGCCAAAGCCAAGAACAACCAAUGAGACGUCUCCCCUUCCUCUCCUGCCCCGAUGCAGCGCAAAGAAAAACAAAACAGCGAAAAACACUGAACCCCCACCCACCCAAACACGAACACCAUUUCGAAUGGGAAAGAUGGAGUCCCCCCCCACCUCUGUCCCCACACAAAAGACUUGUUUUUACUUGACUGGUUUUCAUGAAUUUUAUUUGCCAUACCGGUGUGCAUAUUGUACACCAGGGGUGCGCAAGUCUGGGCACCCCUGUUGUACACCAAAAGUUCUAUCUUACACUAACUCCCUCUUUGUCGUCAUCAUCUUGUCAGCACAUGAAAUCAAUAAUCACCUAUACUCUCCUAAACGUUUGGACAAAGAGGUUGCGAUUCUUUUAAGCGUGUUACAAAAUCUUUUAGUAGCGUUUCCUGUUUUGUACGAGCGAGCGACGAGAAUCGAGUGUCACUUCCUUUUUUGUUUAGAAUGUGGUGUACAGACUGGAGAAUAAUUACUCCUCCCUUUUUGUCUCCAUGUUGUUGUAUUUCGAAUGGACGCAAUAAAAA